AUGGACUACAAGUCAAUCCAGGUCCCCGGCGCGUGCUACGCCGACUUUUGCCUCAUCCCUGUCGGCACGGGCAGCCCCUCGGUCUCGACAGAGGUAGCUGAGGUCCAGAAGCUCCUCAAGGCUUCGGGGCUGAAGUACACUAUGCACUCUGCUGGCACGACUGUUGAGGGCAACUGGGACGAGGUUUUCAAGGUCAUCGGUCAGGCCCAUACUCUGGUCCACUCCAGGGGCGUUGCCAGAGUCCAGAGCUCGAUGCGUGUUGGCACCAGGACCGACAAAAAGCAAACACCAGAAGACAAGGUCAGAAAAGUGGAAGAAAUCUUGGCAAGAGAACAGCAAUAA